GUGACUCACAGUCGGUCACCUCCUCCUCCCUGCUCCUGUUUUUCUGUCUCACUCUCUCCAGCUGUUAAAACCGAAUCUCAAAAAACUUUGACUCUUGGACAUAGAGUCAAAGGGAAGAGUCAAAACCUUUGAGAAUAUCUUUGAAUUAAACACAAACUCAAAAAUAUUAAUGGCCUGUUUACUGGAUUUCUUUCCAUUCUCCCCUGUGGGGAAGGUUUGAAUGUAUUUUUAGACCUGCUGUGAUCCAGCUUAACUACAAUUGCUGUGCGCCUUUUUGCUGCCUGGAUUUGAGCGUUGCCUCCAUCGUCUUUUUCUCACAAUCAACGGGGGCCAAAGAGGAUUUAACGAAGGAGUUACAUGCGCGUUUCUAUGGUAACAGUGGGUUUCCAGAGCCUUUGAAGGAGUGAAGGUUAUCACUGAACAUACGGUAAACUCCCAAGAUCUCUUCGACAAUGAGUAGUGAAACCAGCGGCAAAGAGGCGUCCCCUGCUCCCCGGACCAAUCAGAGGACAUUUUUGGAGGAUGUCAUUUUGACCUUUAGUUCACCUAUGGCCUGGCUGCUGGUUGUGGCUCUGAUCCUCACAUGGUCGGGCGUCGCCAUCGUUCUCUUUGAUCUGCUUGACUACAAAACUCUGUCAGAGUACACAUCAUACUGUGACGACCCCGUGUGUUUAUCCAAUGGUCUCCCUCCUCCUUCUGCCAUCGCCAAGAGAGGUCUAAGGGCUAGAGGUGGUUUUCGUCCAAUCAAGUCAAGCCCUGCAGUAGUCUCCGCCGAUGUCACUGCUCAGGAGAGCCCUGAUUGGUUGGAGAUGAUUUGGAAUUUUGCAGUCAGUUUGGUAGCUCCUGAAGAUGAGGAGGAAGGUAUUCACCAGCUAACUGAUACCCUCACAUCUUUCCACUCUGAGGAGCUGUGAACAAGAGGAAUGUGGAGAGAGGAAGAGUAUGAAGAGCUGGAGAGAAGAGAGGGCAAAAGAGACAACUGUCUGACUUAAAUUGAAGAGAAGAAACCUGAGGAGGAGGAGGAGGAGGAGGAGGAGGAGGAGGAGGAGGAGGAUGUAUAGUUUAUCACAAUGAUGUUUCUCUCUGUCUGUCUGUAGUUAACUGGAAUUUGAUGAAUAAAAACCAACCAUUUGAAUCCA